AUGGUUCUAAGCAAGCUUCUGGGCACCAACAAGUCUCAGUCUUCCAUCAUGUUACCCUACAAAGCUGUCCUGUUUGCCCUCUUCGGGGUGGCCUUGGCGGGUCCCAUGGAGAAAAGAAGCUCUAGCUGGUCUUUCUUGGGCUGCUAUACAGAUAACGUCUCGGGAAGAUCCCUGGCGGAGGGUAUUCCUGCUCCUGGAGGGGCGACCAAUAUGACCGUACAGAAUUGCCAGGCCGGCUGUCAGGCUUUGGGGUUCACUCUGGCUGGGCUAGAGUACGCUGAUGAAUGCUAUUGUGGCAAUACCGUGCAGAAUGGUGGUGGUCCGGCCUCAGAUGGAAAUACCGGCUGCAACAUGGCGUGUUCUGGGAAUUCCGCCGAGACUUGUGGAGGGCCCAAUCGCCUGGAUAUGUACCAAUAUGGUACUGCUGUAUCCACCACUACAUCUACUACCACGGCCGCGUCAACCACUCAUACAACUGAGGCUGCCACAUCUACAGGUUCAUCCAACUACUGGUACGAGAAUAUUGAACACCAGGGAAUAUCCGCCUUUGGGCCCUCUGGAUAUAAGGUCUAUCGAAAUGUAAAGGACUAUGGCGCCACGGGAAACGGUGUGACUGAUGAUACGGUUGCCAUCAACGCUGCUAUCAGCGAUGGCGGUAGCUGUGGUGAGGGCUGUUCAUCCAGCACCACCACUCCGGCAGUGGUAUAUUUCCCAGCGGGAACCUAUUUGAUCUCCUCAUCCAUUAUAGACCAGUACAACACGAUCUUGUUGGGGAAUCCAAACAGCCUACCGACGCUAAAAGCUAGCUCUGGCUUUUCUGGCUUUGGCUUGAUUGAUGGAGACAAAUACUAUACUGCGUCACUCAAUUGGGGCUCAACAAAUGUUUUUUACCGCCAAGUGCGUAACUUUAUCCUAGACAUGACGAGUAUCCCUGCUACCUCCUCGGCUACUGGAAUUCAUUGGCCCACGGCCCAGGCAACGAGUCUGCAGAAUCUGGUAUUCAGGAUGAGCUCGGCAUCGGGAACGCAGCACGUUGGUGUUUUUUGUGAAUCGGGUGCGUUGAACAUCUACGCUUUUGGGGCAAUUCCAUUAAUAAAACUUACAGGUUCCGGUGGUUUUGUCACCGAUCUAACUUUUAACGGCGGCUUAUAUGGCAUCCAGGUCGGCAACCAGCAAUUCACUAUGCGCAACUUGGUUUUCAACAACUGCGUCACCGCUAUCAAUCAGCUGUGGGACUGGGGCUGGGUGUAUCAAGGAAUCACCAUAAAUAACUGCCAGACUGGCAUUGACAUGUCCACGGGUGGGUCAUCCGACCAGGGGGUGGGCUCAGUGAUUAUUGUGGACAGCACCAUCACCAAUACACCGGUGGGAGUGCUCACAGCAUUUACUGAAAACGUGGCCAAUAAUGUGGCCAACGGCAGUCUCAUUAUUGACAACAGUAUCUUCAGCAAUGUCCCAAAUAUUGUCAAGUCUACCUCCGCAGGCACCGUUUUGGCAGGUAACAGCGGCACUGUGACGGUAGCUGGAUGGGGUGAGGGCAACAGCUACACAACUUCCGGCCAUACACGUUUCCAAGGCUCUUUCACCCCCAUAACUCGACCUUCAGCACUCCUAAGUGGUUCCAACUAUUACGUUCGGUCCAAACCCCAGUAUGAAUCCCUCGCAGUCUCAUCUUUCCAGAGCGUGCGCAGUGCUGGUGCCGCUGGUAAUGGGGUCACGGAUGAUACGAGUGCGUUACAAAGCGUUAUCAACAGUGCCACGGCGGCUGGGCAAGUGGUGUUUUUUGAUGCUGGUACAUACAAAGUCACCAGCACCUUGCUAAUCCCUCCGGGGGCAAGAUUGGUCGGCGAGGCAUAUUCAGUGAUCAUGUCCAGCGGCAGCUACUUCAACAAUAUCAACUCCCCCCAGCCUGUCAUUCGCGUGGGUACCGCUGGACAAGCUGGUCAGGUUGAAUGGUCCGACAUGAUUGUUAGCACACAAGGUGCCCAGGCUGGGGCCAUUCUGGUCGAGUGGAACUUGGCUGCCUCCGGGACCCCCUCGGGGAUCUGGGAUGUCCACGCCCGCAUCGGAGGUUUCGCCGGCUCCGACUUACAGGUGGCUCAAUGUGAAAAGACUCCCUCUAGCACGUCUAUUAACUCCGCAUGCAUCGCCGCCUUUAUGACUCUGCAUGUGACCGCAUCAGCCUCAAACCUGUACCUGGAGAAUGUGUGGCUGUGGACCGCAGACCACGACAUCGACGACGCGUCAAAUACCCAAAUUACCGUUUACAAUGGGCGCGGUCUAUAUAUUGAAAGUUCCGCCGGGACAUUCUGGCUAGUCGGAACGUCGGUGGAGCACCACACCCUGUACCAGUACCAGUUGGCCAACACUAAGGAUGUUUUCAUGGGAUUCAUUCAGACCGAGACACCCUAUUAUCAACCCAACCCGCCAGCUCCGGCACCAUUUACUGUGGAGUCUUCACUGAAUGACCCCGAAUUUUCUACUUCAUGUUCUGGCCAGUCAGCAAACUGCAACGACGCAUGGGGUCUCCGAAUUGUGAACUCCAACAACAUCCUUGUAUACGGAGCAGGGCUUUACUCCUUCUUUAACAACUAUGACGGCAGUAAGCUUCAUUCCUUUACAUGUCAGCGGACUUGGGCUCAAAAUACUAACCUUCGACUAGCCUGCAAUGCCCAAAAUGGUCCCGAAAAUUGCCAGCCAAAUAUUUUUGACUUGGAGGGAACUGUCAAAUCAAUCGAUGUCUUUGGUUUAAGCACUGUCGGCGUGCAAAACAUGAUCAGCCAAAACGGCAACUCGCUGGCACUUUAUAGUAACAACGUUGAUGUCUUUACUGACACCAUCUCGUUGUUCCAAAUUCCGGCCUAG